AUGAAGUCCUACACCGGUAUUCUGCUGAGCCUCAGCGCUCUGGUGGUCGCAGCGCCUCAGGUCACUCUUACACCUGCAAGUGGCCCAAUUCCUCCUGUGCGCAGUUCAGACCCAACUGGAGCAACAUCUCAUGGUCCGUUUGAGGGUACGCCAACCACCACAGGGGCUCUUUCUGCGCCAGCACAGGCACAGUCUAUCGCUCCUCUACCACCAUUACCGGUGACUUAUGCCAACGAGAAUGGUGAGCUGCAAGCAGGGUAUCAGCCAAUCCCUUAUCAGCCCGCGGGAGGAGCUGGUACGAAUGGCACCGAGCCAUACUAUCACCCUUUGUCCGACUUCGACUACGAGUCGCUCACCCUUGCCCUGUAUCAGGAAUGGAUUGAGUUAGACCUUUUCAAUCACGGAUUAGCUACUUUUUCCACGGAAGACUUUGAGAGGGCUGGCCUUACUGCAGAGGAUCGUUAUCUGAUCUCCUUCAUGGCCAACCAAGAAAUCGGCCACGCAACAUUGCUGAGCAACAUUCUUGGUGCUGCAGCACCGCCGCAGUGCACAUACAACUAUCCUUUCAGCACCGUUCGCGAAUUCCUGGAUUUUAGUCAAAAGCUUACCAGGUUCGGAGAGAGUGGCGUGUAUGGUUUUCUCGGACAUUUAGAUUCUCGCGAGUCCGCCACACUUUUGUUGCAGUCCAUCUCCACCGAAGCCAGGCAGCAAAUGAUUUUCCGUCAAUUUGAUGGUCUCUUCCCGAUGCCUGUCUGGUUCGAGGUUGGAGUUCCCCAAUCCUGGGCCUGGACAUUAUUGGCACCCUACAUUUCCAGUUGUCCAGCAAACACAACACGACUUGCAUGGCAAAACUUCCCGGCUUUGACUGUCCUUAAUCAGCCGAACCCUGCGAAGACCAAUCCUAACUUGGGACCUGCUCAGAGUGCUACUGGAUCAGAUCCUCUCAACAGCUCCAACAUCGACGACAGCAAUCGUUGCAUCGGCAACCAUGAUGAGCUUGGCGAUUGUGGCCCCAGCAUCAGUCAGAACAGAUCCAUUCCACUCUCAUACCCAGGCCGUCCGAUUCAGUUCUCCUGGGGCAGUGUGAAUGAGACUGUGGGACCCAACAAUAGUUAUGUCACCUCUCGGUCAUCCUUGGCGGAUGAGCCUCGCUAUGCAAUGUUUGUAUCUCAGCUCAAUGCCACCUACGUUCCACUGGUCAACGUUAGUGGUACCACCGCGGCCGCUAUUCAACCAAAUAUGUCGACUUUUAUGGGAGAUCCAUCCGUUAACGGGACAAUGUUCGUCGCCAUCACGAGUCAAAAUCCUUAUCUCACACCAUUCAACUUGUCACUGGUAAAUCCCUUUGUCUAUGCGGGUCCCGCUCUUUAUCAAGCAGGAUAA